AUGAGGAAAGACGUCGCGGAUUUUGUAUCUAGAUGUCUUGUCUGUCAGCAGGUGAAGGCUGAACACCAGGGAUCUGCCGGCUUACUUGAGCAGAUCCCUAUUUCUGAGUGGAACACCCGAGCCCCAGUGCCGUCGCUGUGCCCUAGCGAGCCCGACGCCACUCCUUGCCACUGCCGCUGCACACUUUGCCCCAGUGCCGAACCGACCCUUUCUUCUGCCCUAGCCGAGCCUCACAUUGGCGUGAGUUGCUGCCCUGGAUUCUACCGAGCUUUGGCUUUAGGGUCAGUGGCUCACUCUAGCUACGACCACGGUUCCAGAAACAGGUGUUCCAUCGACAAAUUAACGACGAAGAAUACGAAUUUGGGUGAGUUUGGAUUGAGGACUUUGACGCGAGACGAGUAUCUUGACGUCGGACUUGGACGAUUGGAUUUUUCCUAUUGGAGGUUGAUGCUGUCCGGAGGGAGUUCCAGUCGCUAGUCCUCACUGC